AUGUGGCUGCAGAACUUGCUUUUCCUGGGCACUGUGGUCUGCAGCAUCUCCGCACCCACCGGCCUAUCCAACACUGUCACUCAGCCCUCGCAGAAUGUUUAUGCCAUCAAGGAGGCCUUGCAACUCUUAAAUCAGAAUAAUGACUCUGAUACUAACUCGACUGAACUGAUAGAAGUCGUCUCUAAAAGGUUUGACCCCCAGGCGCCGACAUGCCUGAAGAGACGCUUGGACCUGUACAAGAACGGCCUACGGGGCAGCCUCCUUAAUCUCAAGGGCCUCUUGGAAAUGAUGGCCAGCCACUACAACCCAUCGUGCGCCCCUACCCCACACCAGGCAAGGUCCUGUGGCACCAAGUUUGUCACCUUCAAAAGUUUCAAAGAGAACCUGAAGAAUUUUCUGGAAGACAUCUCCUUAGACUGCUGGGACUCAGUCCAGAAGUGAAGCACCUGGUCCAGUCAGGGGCCAGCCCUGGAAGCUUACCUCACAGAUCACUGUCCUCCUACCACACAGAGCCAAACAAAACUCAGGAUCUUGAC